GUUAUACUACUGGAGACUCAAUUGCAGGAGGCGGCAUGUCAAGAAAGGCGGGCGGGUGCUGAGCUCAGUCUGGUCUUCGCUGUCUGUCCUGGGCUGGCUCUGAUUAAGGGGUUGCGGCCAGCGCUCCCCUCUUCGGACCGGCAGGAUGCGCGUGGCUGUGGCCGGUUGCUGCCACGGCGAGCUGGACAAGAUCUAUGAGACCCUGGCGUUGGCGGAGCGGCGCGGCCCGGGGCCGAUAGACCUUCUGCUCUGCUGCGGCGAUUUCCAGGCGGUGCGCAACGAGGCCGACCUGCGCUGCAUGGCCGUGCCGCCCAAGUACCGCCACAUGCAAACCUUCUACAGGUAUUACUCUGGGGAGAAAAAGGCCCCAGUUCUCACGAUUUUCAUUGGGGGAAACCAUGAAGCCUCAAAUCAUUUGCAAGAGUUACCCUAUGGUGGCUGGGUAGCACCAAACAUUUAUUAUUUAGGUUUGGCAGGAGUAGUAAAAUACCGAGGAGUAAGGAUUGGUGGAAUCUCUGGUAUCUUUAAGUCUCAUGACUAUCGAAAAGGUCAUUUUGAGUGCCCCCCUUAUAAUGCAGCUACAAUAAGGAGUAUAUAUCAUGUGAGAAAUAUUGAAGUCUACAAAUUAAAACAGCUGAAGCAGCCUAUGGACAUAUUCUUAUCUCAUGAUUGGCCGAGAAGUAUCUAUCAUUAUGGAAACAAGAAGCAACUUCUUAAGACUAAAUCUUUUUUCCGACAAGAAGUAGAAAAUAACACACUAGGAAGUCCUGCUGCCUCCGAGCUUUUAGAGCACUUAAAACCUACUUACUGGUUUUCUGCCCAUCUCCAUGUAAAGUUUGCAGCCUUGAUGCAGCACCAGACCAUGGAUAAAGGACAGUCAACCAAAGCAACCAAAUUUCUAGCCCUGGACAAGUGCUUACCACACAGAGACUUUCUUCAGGUAAUAGAAGUAGAACAUGACCCCAGUGCUCCUGAUUACUUGGAAUAUGAUGCUGAAUGGCUCACUAUUCUCAGGGCUACUAAUGAUCUUAUUAAUGUGACUGAACGCCUGUGGAAUAUGCCUGAAAAUAAUGGCCUGCAUACAAGAUGGGAUUACAGUGCAACAAAAGAAGCUAUUAACGAAGUACUGGAGAAAUUGAAUCAUGACCUCAAAGUUCCAAAUAACUUUAGUAUAACAGCUGCUUGUUAUGACCCUAGCAAGCCACAGACACAGAUGCAGUUGGUUCAUAGGAUCAAUCCUCAGACGACUGAAUUUUGUGCCCAACUUGGCAUCACAGACAUUAACGUCAGGCUUCAGAAGGCCAAGGAAGACCAGCACUUGUGUGGUGACUAUGAAGGGCAGGAUGACGUGGAGGGUAAUGACUCUGGAGAAGAGCCUAGUGAAUAUAACACAGACACAUCUGCCCUGUCCUCUAUUAAUCCAGAUGAGAUCAUGUUAGAUGAAGAAGAGGAGUGUGAUGAUAGUAUUGUAAGUGCACAGAGUGACUUGAAUAUACCGUCUGUAGAACUGUCUUCUGAUCAAGCUUCUGACUUUUCUGCAAGCUUCUCUGACAUCAGGAUCUUGCCAAGUUCCAUGACUGUAUCUUCUGACAAUACAUCAGGGUCCCCAGUGUGCAAGGAGGGGAAUUCCGGUGACCCUGUGGACUUGGGGGAUGGAAAGGACUUAACCACGGUGCCAUUGAAGAGGCUGAGUGAUGAACAUGAACCUGAACAAAGAAAGAAAAUCAAGAGACGGAAUCAAGCCAUCUAUGCUGCAGUGGAUGAUAAUGAUACAGCCUGAGACAGUUUACUUGUCUUAGUAUUAUAUGUAGAUACAUGAUUUUUAAGACUAUAUUUUUAGAAUUGGAUCUUUGACUCAAGACUUAAGUUUGUAAUAAUGAAGUUACAUAAGAAGAUUUUAGUUAGGUAUUGACUUUAUCUUUAGAACUUUGUAUGUUUCAGAUGAAAAAGAUAUUAAAAUUUCAUAUAUUUACUUGA